UUUGGGAUCAUUUCUCCUUGUACAGGGUGAAUGCUUCCUUAGGUUGGAAUUCAUGAUGGAGAGCGGGGACUCUGUUCUACAUAGGUGAGCCGGGAGACCCAGGAAUGCAUGUGAUCAUCCAUCGGCUUCAGCAGUCAUGGCUCUGCUUGCAGACCUCAAGGCUCAAGGAGGCAAAAUGACUUGCAAUGACAUACUUAGAAGUGUGAUCCAUUAUUGUGCCGAUGUCGUACCGUGAGCCUAAAAAGUGAAGAGAGGGUGACGGUUGAUUUGCAUUUCAUCUUAUCGUAAACCAUAGUAUCCUUAAAAUGGCAGUGCCAUCUCAUCACCGAUGUUCGCUACUUUUGAAGAUCUUGACGAGCUUAUUGUGAAGUGAAGUGGUUUCAGAAACCUCUUUAUGAGAAGGCGAUUGCAUCACAGAACCAAGUUCAGGGGGUCAAAGUGAAGGCAAAGUCAACAUCGUGGGGCAACACAUGAAUGUCCUGGGCCUUUGUGUCGUGAAUUCGGCCCAUAGACAUCGAGCCCAUGAGGCCCACGGGUGAGAGAUAAAAUGGCGCGAAUGUCUUUUCCGGGGGAGAUGUCGUUGUCUCCUUCACCUGUCUGAAAAUUCCCUAUUAUAUAUUUACUUGCGUUUAUUUAUUUCGGACGUUAAGGCAAAACCUUUUGAACAAGAGGAUAACUUCCAAUCUCUCGGCAAUCGAGUGACCGGCAGCACAGCGAGUGACGCAUUGCUUGGCUAUGGGUUGUGGUGCUCGGCGCCGAGAGAGGCCAGGAUGGGCAGAUUGCCAUCCAAAAUAGAUCGAGAGAUUCCAUAUUGGAUAGCUUUGUAGUCAAGGUCUGUUCUCGGGGCUGCAGUAGCUGAUCAGGUAGAGGAUGAGGAUUUGGUCGGUUCCAUGAAGCAGUAACUCAACUGAAGGCUAUCGAUGAUGUUUCUCGUCCAAGAAGAGGGUGAUACGACUAUGAAGUCCUCCGUGAUCGGUGUGUGGAAACAUUUCCGCCUUCCCAUCAGCGUACUAAACUGCAUCGCACCUAGAACACGAUUAAAAGUAUGGAUUACAGGCAGCCCAUCCGAACAAGUCCCGUUAAACUCAAUGAAUUGCCGGGAGUCCGAUAGAGCUCGGGUAGCAAUUUGGGCAGAGGGUGAUAGCCAUGACCAAGCCUGGACAUCAAAAGCUAUGGGCAAGUUCACAGAAUGAACAGUUGGGAAACCGUUUCAAACAGUGAACAGUUGGUUUGAGCGGAGCAGAUCAAACUUCUUUUCUGGAACGUUCGAGCUCUCUCAGGUUCCUCCCCAUUGUCUGUCUUUGUCGGCAUACUCUGUCCCUCUCUCUGUCUGUCUGUCUGUAUCUCCCCCGGUUCUUCGUUAGCAUCGAGCAAGCUCUUCAUCCACAGCACACCCGCGAAAGAUCUUGCUGUCUUUGCACAAUGAGGAAAUGUGAAGGUCCGAUUGCCUAGACUCGAGCUGGACGUGAUUUAUUUGCCGUAUUUGCAACCAGCACCCUACGGUAAAGUGGGCGUAGAGAUCUGACAAGAUCUACAUCACCAUUGAUCUCCCGGAUGCCAAAGACGAGACUCAUAAGCUCAAACCUUAAGGGCAGUUCACCUUCUCUGCCACCAAAGAUGGAAUGCCCUACGAGGUUGACAUCCAACUGUUUGACAAGAUCAAUGCAAAGGAAAGCAAAUGCAACAUCGGUGUGAGAAGCAUUGGAUAUGUGAUAAAGAAGGAAGAGAAGAAAUGGUGGAACAGGCUAUUGAAACAAGAAGGGAAGCCUCCGGCAUUCGUCAAAGUGGAUUGGGAUAAGUGGGUCGACGAGGAGGAGGAGAAUGAGCAAGCUCGGGCUGACAACGGUGAAAUGGAUACCUCUAAGGGCUCGAAACAGAAGAAGAGCAAAACGAGAAAGGGCAAGGAGAACCCGGUGCAGCAAUUGUUACGGAGGCUCAACUGUCUAGGAAAGCAAUGACCUUGCUGCUCGUAACGAAAGCAAGAAGAGUAACGGAACAGGCAUGUAAAAAGAGGGUCUAGUUUUCUAUGGCGAUUUCAGUUUGGGAUGUGUCCAUUUCUAAGUACCAAAUGUGGGAUGUAUGGAGUUUGUAGCCAUGAACGGGGCAAGUCUACCACGACUAUCGUCUUGGGAUGUGUCCAUUUCUAAGUACCAAAUGUGAGAUGUAAGGGGUUUGUAGCCACGAACGGGGCAAGUCUACCACGAGCAUCGCCUUCGGUGCUUGUGUAAGAAAUUUUGAUCUCUGUACACAUUACGAUGUAUUGAUGUAUUGGCUUUUGUGUUGCA